AUGAAGGCAAAUCACAUUGGAAAGCGGUCUAAUGAAUACUCGCAGGCUGUUGACGAGAUUCGGCAUGAACUGGGAGAAGAAGCAGUGAGCACCGACCCAGACGACCUAGAGUACCACGGCUUCUCCGACUUCUCGUCAACCAACGCAACCGAGAGGCCCAUUGCCGUUGUGCGCCCAGAGUCUACCGAGCAGGUCUCGGCAAUCGCAAAGAUAUGCACAAAAUACAGAGUGCCCAUGACGCCCUUUGGCGCCAGAACCAGCGUCGAAGGCAACUUCAGCUCGCCCUUCUCGGGAAUCUGCAUAGAUCUCUGCGAGAUGGACAAGAUCAUCCAGUUCAACCCCCAGGACAUGGACGUUGUCGUGCAGCCCGGCGUCAACUGGAUGGCGCUGAACGAAGAGAUCAAAGACAGCGGCCUCUUCUUGCCGCCUGAUCCAGGGCCGACUGCCUCCAUCGGCGGCAUGGUGGCCACGAACUGCAGCGGCACCAACGCCAUGCGAUACGGCACGAUGAAGGAUUACGUCGUCAACUUGACGGUCGUCUUGGCCGACGGCACGGUCAUCAAGACAAGGCAGAGACCAAGAAAGACGUCAGCAGGGUACAACCUCAACUCCUUGUUUACGGGGUCGGAAGGCACUCUCGGUAUUGUUACGCAGGCCACGCUCAAGCUGGCGGUGCUGCCGACGAAUCUCAGCGUCGCCACGGCAGCAUUCGGGUCGAUCCACGCUGCUGCGGCCGCUGCAACCACCAUGGUUCGUUCUGGUCUGCCGUUGACUGCCUUGGAAUUGAUGGACGAGGCGCAAAUGAAGAGUAUAAACGAGGCUGGAGGAACCGCUGGCAGAAUGUGGGCUGAAAGCCCAACUCUAUUCUUGAAGUUCUCCGGCACAAAGAGCUCCGUCAAGGACAGCGCCCAGGCGGCGCAGGCGAUAUGCCGUCAACACGGCGCCAGCACCUUUGACCAUGUGACUACGCCAAAGGAGAUGGAUCUGCUGUGGUCGGCCAGAAAAGGUGCUGUUCUAUGCAUAGUCGCCGCGAAGCCGAAGGACGCCUGGAUAUUGGGCACAGAUGUCGCCGUGCCCAUAUCCCGCAUGGCUGAUAUCAUAGAGGAAUCCAAGGCAAAGGCUACUCAUCACGGCCUGACAAACUGCGUAAUCGGACAUGUGGGAGAUGGGAAUUACCAUCAAGCACUGAUUUAUCACCCUGGUGACCCCGACGAGAUGGCCAAGUUGAAGGAUUGCCAUGAUACCAUGGUGAAAAGGGCAAUUGAGAUGGAGGGAACUGUAUCAGAAUGUCUCAUCAAGGAGUUGGGCCCGACAACGAUUGGUGUCAUGAAGGCUUUGAAGGAUACACUUGAUCCGCACUGGCUGUUGAACCCGGGAAAGGUCUUUGACGAGUGA